ACAGGUGUAGUUAAUGAAAAAAUGGAUGAAAACAACAAAAGUACCACUUUUACUCACAGACAAUGUAAUUGCUCAGAAGGAAAUGUUUUUGAAGCAACUAACAUACCGUUAAUAAACAACAAUACCAUCACCAAAGAUUGUAAUGUAGUGCUUCCAAGGUUGGAUACAAGUGAAAUUAAUCUAGCUGAUUUGUUAAAAAUUAUUUCAAAGAAUUCAGCAGAACAUAAAGUAAUGGAUCAAGAUGUAAAAACAUUGCCUAGUAUUGCUAAAAAGGGAACGAAGGAGGAGAGGAAAUGUAGAAUCAUUGAAAAUGUUUCUAAUAAACAUGAAGAGGAAGUUGAGAAAGGAAGAAAAAUGCAUCUUGUAUUAACAUCAAAACAUAGUUCACUAUGCAAUGUGACAUUGCUUGUUUCUGGAAUUGAUUUGCAAGAAAAAGAAGAAGUAGCAGCAAGCAUAACAGCAUGCAUGUAUGUUAAAAGAAGUUUUAUAUUUAUUAUGUAAUGAAAUGUUACUUUGCUCAAUUAAUAUUACUUUGGUUGAGGGUCAGGUGAUGUUUCUUUACUAAAUUUUCUUCAUUUUGAUAAUAUGAUAUUUAAUUAUUUAAAAUUGUAUAAAUUGUGGCCAACUCAGGAAAUUUUUCUCAUUGAAAUGGAAUUUAUGGAAUAACGAGUUAAGUUUCAAAUUAAAUGUUUUACAAAAUGAAAUGUGUGUUAAGAUUCAGAAACACUACAAUUUGGCUCAUUUUGUGCAAUAAUGAAAAGAAAAAAAAAUUGCCACAAAAUAUUUUGUCUGGCAAUUUCAGAGUGGUUGUUAACAUUAUUACACUUUUUGUAUAAAGAAUUAGAAUGAAGCAUUGCUGAUACAAUGGGCAAACUAAGCAAAUUCUAGUUUUGAGAAAAUCAUGUAUGAAGUUGUGGACUGAUAUAAAUCAAGAAAAGGGGCAUUUCAGUUAUUCUUUCUGUAGGUAUCAACAUAUUUGUAAGCAGUAUAAUGAGUGACCCUCAGAUUGAGAAAAUUCUUGCAACAUGUAGGAUGAGGAAUCGUCAAAUAACAUAAAAAGUUUAUAUUUUUCAGUCCAAAUCAAAAUUGUUUCAUUUUUCUCUCACGUUCCUAGGUAUCUAACAGAACCAUAAGACACUUCUCAUAUGGCCAGCGGAGGCUUAGUAUUCCGUCAAGUUAUGGUUAUAUUCAAAAUUAGAAAUAUGGAUGAGUUGGAAAUAGUUAUAAGCACAGAAGUGUUAUUGCAGUUAAAAUGAUUAAUUAGGAUAAACAAUCCUUUAAAAUAAAAAUAGACCUAAUGAAACACAAAAUUGUCAAUUAAUUAUUGAUAUUGAAUGUUUAACAUAGGAAUGUUUAUGACUCUAUAACUUCUGAAUUAUUGAAAAUCAAUAAUAAGUUCAGGACUGUAUUAAAACUAAAAAUGUCCCUCCUAUUCCAUUAGAUCUGUGGACUGUCAUCUACUGUUCUUUGACUGAACUUCACCCACUUCAUAUUAGUUAUAAGAGGAAAGUUACAAAUUUGAGUUGCUCAUGUUCUCUGGUUGUAUUAAAAAAGCGUUUGAAUGAACAAUUGAAUUGAAAGCAACUUUGAAAUAAAUAAAUCUUCAUUAUCUGAGGUUUAAUUUAUUUAAAUGAAUAAUAAAAUUCAAAAAUAUAAAAGAUAAAAACAGGGUUAUAGUGAAUGAUAUUAAAUUGUUCAAGAGAUGUAUGUAUUGUUCCAGUGUGAGCUUGUGCAUGCCUGCAAACUCUUUCUUUGAAAACUUGUCUCAAGAAUAAAACACCUGUCUAAUUUAUUAUUAGAAACUGGAUGUGAGAUACUAAAAACUUUCAAAACAGGCAGGCAAAAGUACACUAAAAAUAUGAAAUAUAUUUUCUGACAUAGACCAAAGAUUUCAUAUUGAUAUUUCCCAAAUAACUAAAGACAUGAAAUGGCAAUAUAGGCCUACCUGGAACACAAGUUGUGUUAAAUAUGAAUAUAUUUUACAAACAUUACAUUUUUCGUAAAUUACUAAAAUAAAUCUGUAAAUAAUGUUCAAUUUAAUUGGACCAAUGUAUUCAAAAACACAUUUUAUUGUUUUCAUCUGUGAUGUAUGUAGAGGAACCCAUUCCAAAUGAAACAUUAUACCCCAAUACUAAAAUACUAAUUGAUAUCAAAUUCGUUUCUCAAUAUUGUUGCUCAAAAAGUUCCAAGGAACAUUUUUGAUAGUCUAAUGAAAUGUUUUCCAAGUAAUAAGUGUUUUUCUCACUUAAGGUUUAUUACUUUUUAAACUUCAAAAAAAUAUUCCAAGUUUUCUGAAAAUUUGUUGCUUCAAUUAUAUUUUCUCUUUAAUUAUACUCAAAAUCAAAAUUUAUGGUAAUUCAAGUGAUAAUUUAUCUUCAAUAAGUAUCUCAAAAUAACUGUUUCAGAAAAUACUAGUUAUCCUGAAUUUAGUAAAUCACACACAUCAAAUCUUUAAAAAACAUACUGCAGUGAAAUGCCUUGUAACAGAAACUGACUAAUGUUUCAGCAGAUUAGAAAGUAAAUACCACAAAUCAACUAAGUAGGAAUUUCUCAAGACGAUAGGUAGAAACAGACAAAAUUAUUUUUCUGUGCAGAGUGACUUUGUAAUUUUAAUGUUGUCUCUAAACAUAAGUACAGCCAUUUUUCCCAACACCGAAUCACUCUUUUCUUAUUCUACUCUACUUGCAAGUAUAAUUUUUUUUUAGAAUGAAAGGUAAUUGGGACACAAGUUAUUAUUUAUAUUGGGUGAUGUUUGUGUAAAUACCUGCAGUCUAGCUCAUAAAGGAAAGGGAGCAAUGCCAUAUUACUGUAGGAGGUGAUAUCUUUUAGUAUAUUUGGAGUAAAAGUUUAUUCUAUAGUGUGCCAUGGAGUUUUAACAAUGUGAUGUAUUUUAUUGUAAUUGCUCUCUCCACAAAGUGAUAUUGUUACAUAUUUAUGUACAUUGUUUUUGUAUAUAUUUAAGUAAAGUUUUUAUCUUCGUUUAAAUGUGUAAUUUGUUGCCUUCAUGUUUUCAGUUUCAAACUUUCCCUGAAGUAUUUUAAUUUUCUUCUAGGAUCAACAGAAUAAUUUGGGGCUUUGUUGGUAGAAAAAUAUCCUUAGAUUUUCAACCGUUCAUAAUUGAUUGUAGUGUUUGCAUCAACCUAUUCCAACUCUUUCAAUUCUCUGUGUAUGUAUCUAGAAGAACAAUACAUCAAAUAUUUGGGGGUCGGAGGUAUAGGACAGUAUGUCACAUUUACUAAAUUUUACAGGAGAGGCUGUUUGAAUGUGCAUACCUCUAAUGAAAGUGGACUUGGUUUAUUUAUAGCACCGUAACUCCGCUCGUUAUUAGAUUUGAUCACAUUGUAGCUAUACCUCUGGAUAGAGGACAAAAAGCUCAUAUUGUACCAAUAAUCUCAUUUGACAAAACAUGAACAUGGUGUCCUUAUACCUCCGACCCACAGAUAUCUACUUUGUAAU